AUUGCACCCCCUUCAUCAUCUCUCUCUUUGGAUUCUGAAACCAACGCGAAGAGCAAAGCCCACUGAAAUUGCCUGCACGUUCUCUGAAGCCAAAUCUCUCACACAAAUAUAACAGUAAAAGGACUGUUCCCUCUACUCGUCUCCUCGAGCCGGCGUGUUAUUCCGUUGCUUUUUCUCCGCUUUCUGGCUGAGCAGCCUUUACCAGAGCCCGGAAUCAUAUGCAAAGGUAGCUUAACCGUCACGCUUGCGAUGGGUUUUUGAUGUGGGUUUCUGCUGAAUGAUCAAUAACGGGAUUGUCUCUUUGUCCAGAGGUCUGUUCUUCACAUCUCAUCUCUUGUCUGAUGGCUGAAAACGGUGUUGAUUCACCAGUGACCCCAGAAAUAACUAAGUCAAGUGGGGUUGAAUUGAGAAGGCGCUCCACUGGAAAAGUAAGUUCUGGAAAUAGUGAAGAAAAAGUUCUUCCUCGUUAUCUCAGAGCUUCUACUGGUUCCUGUCAUGAUUUUUGUAAAUAUGGGAGGAAGCAUGCAUUUGAAGCUAAUGAAAAUCGAUCCAUACUCAAGAGAGUUGCAAGAAAACCAGGUCAUCAGCAAUCGCUAAGGAGUGUAGGUGUAGGUGGACGAUGACAUCAGUGGAUGAGCUCAGAGCAUCAACUGGUUCCAAGUCAACAAGGAAGUUAUCUUCAGUCAAGCUCACAGCAUCUGUUGAUUCUGCACUGCAAAUUCGUGGGACACUUGGGAAGCAUGAGAAUAAGCAGGAAAUACUAACAAAACCAAUUGAAAACUCAAAACAAGUAGUGAAUGAAUUUUCAGGAAACAAGAAGACAGCAUUGAUCAAGGUCAAACCAUCAAACUCUCUGAAAUCUCAUACGGCUGAUCUUUCCAAGACCGGGAGACAAGAAACUUCAUCGGCAUCAAAGAAAGUGGAAGCUUCAUCAAAAUCAAGUGCUGCCUUCAAAGCUAAAGAAAUGAAGUUAUCUUCAAAACCGAACUCUGUCACAGAGAAGACAUUGUUUUUGAAGAAUCCCUCUGAAGGUUUCAGUAGCCAAAGAAAAAGCGAGCUCAGAGUGGAGAAGAGAGUCGCCACCUCCAAAGUAGCUGGUAGAAAAUUGAAUACACCUUUAAGAGCUUCUUUGCCCCUCAAACCUUCCUUUCAUAGAGUGGCAAGUAUUAAUGCAAGAAAGUACAAGAGCCUGAAAAUUGGGCCUCAUCUUAAGGAUCAUUCUGAAAACGGAAAAGACAAACCUAAGCAACACAGUGAUGUUGAGGUUGAGCAGAAGAUCAAAAAAGACAGACCUGUGCAACACAAUGAUGUUAAGGUUGAGGAGAAAACCAGAAAAGACAGACCUGUGCAACAUGAUGAUGUUGAAGUUGAGGAGAAGACCAUAAAAGACAGACGUGAGCAACAUAGUGAUGUUGAGGUCGAGGAGAAGACUUUGCAUGUCAUCAAGAUCGCCGGAGAAAACAAAAUUUUGCAAUCCGAUGAAAAUGCAAGUCAUGAUGCUGAAUUGCCCCUCCCUCAGUUGCUGGCGUCGCCCAAGUUUUCAUGCUCUUCGUCUUCUCAAUCCUCACCCCAAGAUGACCAAGAGGAAUAUGAAUAUACGACCAGUGAAGUUGAGGAGGAUUGGAUUUCAGUAAAGGCUGAAGACGAGCACAUAGAAAAUGGAGAUGAUUUGGAGGUGGACCAGAAAGGCAAUCCUAAAAAGGAUGGGGUUGUAGAUCCUCAAGACAAGGACCGCUCCCAAAUGACAAAAUUAAAGUUUAAAAAGGGAAAAUGGGUUGAAGUUAACUCUGAAAAAUCAAGUCCGAGGAGGCUUAAAUUUAGGAGAGGAAGAAUGCUGGGGGACACUGACACUGGGAAGGGUGAAGUUCUGAGAAGAUGUUAUAAAAGAAGGGAUGGAAAUGUUGAUGAAAGCAAUGAUGCUAAAACUGGUGCUGAGAAGGUUGUUUUGAGACAUCAAGAUGUGCAGGGAAAGAAAGAUGAACAAGGGUUGUUUAAUAAUGUGAUUGAAGAAACAGCAACUAAAUUGGCUGAAAGUAGGAAGAGCAAGGUCAAAGCUUUGGUUGGUGCCUUUGAAACUGUCAUCUCUCUCCAAGAGAAAAAACUGUCUGCAAGCACCGGCAUUUAAUCAUCUGGGGAUCCCAUUUCUGGUUUUUUUUUUUUGGCAUUUGCUUUGUAAAGAACUGGUGGAAAAAUAAAUCUAAUCUUGUGGAUAUAAGAAUAAUUGCCUUGAGUGUUUUUUUUUUUUGAAGCGCUGGAUAGAGUUGAAAGGGGCAUUGUGUUCAUUUUGAAACAUUAAAACGUCAUAUACUUUGUGUUGGUAGUCCAU